ACACAGCCUACGCUACACUCCACACCAGCCUUGUUGUUGUACCAUCAAUAUUCAAUAAGAAAGUGUCAAUUCGUGCUCACGUUAGGAAGGCUCUAAUUUAGUCGUUCAAAGUGAAAAAUUCUGUGUCAAUAGUAAAAGUGGUAACGGACCUCAGGGGCCGAGGGUCGACUUUCGCGCGCGUCCGUGAGCUGCCCGCCGCCGGCGCCGGGUUUAUGUAACUUGUUUAUUGAAUUAGUGAAGUCGAGCUUCUUUCUAGAACUAAUACGAUUAUGUGAAUUAACCUUUAUUCCAUUAAUCGAUUCCCGUAAGAAUUGGACGUAUUGGCGUAGCCGACUGCGUAGCGUUCGCAAUUGUAUUGUGUUUUCAGGUAUAAGUAAAUGUAAUAAAUUGAUAUUUCAGUUGCGUGUAUUUGUAACAAAGUGAAGAUGAGGUUCGCCGUGUUGUCGCUGGUUGUGUUGGUGGCGCUGGUGUCGAUGGCGCGGGGCGCGCCGCAGCGGGAGGGCGCCGCCUUCACCAAGGAGGCUAUCAAGCAGGCGCAGAACACCUUCCUUAUACCCAAAGACGCUGAAAUCCAGAAGGUGCAGGAAGGUAUCGAGUUGGCUGCGUACGAGUCGAUUCCCGGCAACCAGAAGAUCGACCUGCGGCUGAUCCUGGGCGACCAGGUGCCAGAGGAGGUCAUCAACAACCUGCAGAGCCAGGUGGACCAGGUCGGCCGCCACUAGACCGCUAUAGCAACUUUAAUAUGAACUGGACACCGGUACCCUUUGAAUAUGAAUACAACAAUGUUCGCAAAUGAACUAGGAAACCUGUGCCGCUGGUAUCAAAUGACAAUGAAACCGCUACAAGACAAUACAAGUUUGUCAAAUGUCCGUCCAACCAGCUAAAAUACAAAAGCAGAGCAUAGGUCUAUCAAGAAGUUUAUUACAAUCUCAACGAUAUUCUAGAAUGGUUUAGAAGGUGCCAGUGUCCAGAGGAGGCGGUGCGGUGCGGUGCGGUGCGGGGUGGGGCGGGGCGGGGCGGUGUCCGCAGAUGUUGACUAAUAUUUAAUUUAUUGGUGACGCAAGUACAAGACAGUGAUUGUGAUAAAAUACCAUCUCUUUUGUAUGUUUGUAAAUAAAAAAAAAACAUUGUUAGUAAUAAAGUGACGAGCUUUGUCCAAAA